AUGACACGUAUGUAUCAAAAAUGUGUAGAUUUUGUAGGAACACAGAUGCAUCCAUUUGAAGUUUUGUACAGGUGUAAACCACGUGAGUACUGGGACGAGAUUCAUCAUUGUCACGAUGGUCUAAUGGAAAAGUACAUUAAAGACAAUAACGGGCAACCAGCAAACAGGAUCAAUGGCGUCAUAUCAGGUUUGUUUUUCUCUGCUCGUGUAUAUGCUGAUGGCUCUCUGCCAACCCAUUCACCCUUCGGAAAUGUGCGCAUGCUUGUCCCUCCCGGUGCUUUAUUGGACCCAUCCAUUAACAACUUCUAUUUCGCGGACUUCUACUGCAACUACUAUACACAUUAUGUUACUGUUGUGAUAUGUCGGAAAGGAUCGGAGACUGAUAAUUAUUGCUACAUGAAACUUCACCAAAUGAACCCAGCAGAUAAUCCUUUUCUUACGGUGUCACCUCCUCGAUAUCCCCAUUACUCACCCAGAUACUACGUUAACAGUGGAGUAUGGGUGGAGAUCUAUUAUACAGAAGACAUUCCACUAUGGUUGGGACGUUUCGACAGCAUUCAGACUACGGGUGCGGGGACGUCGAAAAUUGGAGGUCUUCCUAACAAUAAACAUUGCGGUCGUUGUAAUCUUUAUCCGGUUCCUUAUCCAAACGACGUUGUGGUUGUCGAUGAUGCACAUGAUGAAAUAGGAGUGGCGGAUAUCACUGUAGCAGAAGAUCCUCCUAACUCAACAUUCCGCGUUCUUAUGAAUGAGAAUAAGUCAGAGCUCACCGAAGACUGGGAAGAUGUGGUUGAAGUUAUAUGCAACAUGGUAGAUCAAGUAUGUGAAGUGGACAAGGAGCGAGAAAAAGACUUUAUUGCUGCAUCAGAUGCUGUGAUAGACGGUGUAUUAUUGGCAAUGGAUAAGGAGUUAGAAAAAUGUGACGAUAUAUUGGUGCAGAAAGCAGCCGAUUUAUUGAAAAACGUAGUGAAAACUAUUAGGACUGAGCGAGCAGUUAUUGAACGCCUGAUCAGACGUGUUGGAGUUCUGCAGAAACUUCACAGUUCCACGAAUCUGUUCACAUCGCAUCAUCAGUCGUCAGGGCUGCAUAAAAACGGAAACAAAUUUGCCAAACUCAACAAGGGUUUCUAG